UGCCAAAAUCCGCUUCUCGACGACCGCAGCGCUCGCGCGGUGACGGCUUCUGGCGCUGGACCACACCGACGCGCCCGCGAGCCGUGCGAGGGGCAGCCCCACGCCGCCGUACAAGGAUGGCCCUGGCCCAGGACCUCGACCCCAACCGGCUCCUCCCGUCCCCACCCGGUGUUGGGGACGCGGCGCCGGCGGCGGUCUUCGCGACCAUGGGCGUCUUCACGGGAUUCUCGCCGGAGGUGCCCGGCGCCAAGGAUCCCAUUCCCAUCGUGCCGUGGGACGACGAUGGAGACUCCGGGAGCGACGACGCCAUGGACGAUUUUGAUGAGGACCCGCGCGAGCUCUUCGCCGAGGAUGAGGAGGAGGCCGACGCGCAGCGGCACGGCUUCGACGCGUCGGAGCGGCACCAGCAGUACCUCCAGAAGGUGCAGCUCGAGAAGCAGCGCGCGCAGCAGGAGGAGCUCCUGCGGGCCAAGAAGGAGGCUAGAAGGCGGAAGAAGAAGCAGGCGAAGUUAUUAGCGGCGGCGGAAGCGCGCAAGGCCAUGCGGGAGGUGCCGCCGCCGGCACCCGUGCAAGAAGAGGUAGAAGAGGCGGACCCGGAGGAGGAGCAGCUCGCGAAGGAGGCGCGGGUGCGCGAGACGCGGCGGCGCCAGAAGCAGCAGUACAAACGCUUGAUGAAGACGCUGGCUCUUAAAAGACGGCAGGAUUUGGCGUCCGCCGAGGACGACAAGGCGAAGGAGGACGAGUUCAAGCGCAAAGUGCGCGAGAACGGCCUGCGGCGCGCGCGGCAGCGCCGCGAGGAGGCGCUGAAGCGGAAGGAGGAACUGGGCGAGGUGGUGGCGGACGUCGUCCAGGGCUCGGCGGCGAAGGCCGCCUCUUUAUUGAAGCAGGCCGAGCGGAACGUGCUCGAGAAGCAGAACGUGCUGACCGACGAGGACUUCCUGAACGCCGAGGAGGCCAAGGAGGCGCUCAAGCGGAAGCGCGCCGAGCAGGCGAGGCUCCGCCAGGAGCGGACGCGGCUCCAGCUCGAGAAGAUCGCCGCGGACAAGCGCGCGAAGGUCGAGGCCGAGCAGAAAAAGGCCCAGAGAUUACUACGACGCCAGGAAUUAGUCAGGGAGCGCGUCCUGAACCGCGAGCGGCCCAAGGAACUCGUUGACAGGGGCGAGGACAAGGAGAACGAGCCCGUGCGCAAGGUCGCGGCCAAGGAAGAAGCGCCCGCGAAGCCCGUGCUGACCGAGGAGGAGAAAGAACGAAGACGACUAAGAAGAGAGCAGCAGGCCGAGGCCAUAGCUAGACUCAACAAGGUGUCCGAGAAGGACCAGCCCACCGGUGCUGUGGGAAGGGACUUCAAGGACUACAAGCGCAAGUUAGGGUUAUCGAAGGACACGAAGGUUUUUUGCAUGACGGGCUGGUACCCUUGUGUGAAAGACGCGUUGCUCGAGCGCGGCUGGCACUUCAAUGACGACCGCGAGUCGACGUUCUACGACCUGAAGUGGACGCUGCGGAGCAACGACAUCGACAAAGGCAUCAAGCCGAACCAGCUCACGAACCACUUCCUCAAAAACACGGCGAUUACGACGAAGGCGGGCCUGACGCGUAGCUUGUGUGAGUUGCACUGGCACUGCGACGACCACAGCGACCACGUCUACCCGCGGGCCUACGACCUGUCGUCCCCGCAUAGCCGGGGCUUCCUCGACGACUUUCGCGGAUUGGAAGCGGAGAAGUGCCUCAAGAACGUGAUCAGGAGCCUGGCGGGGGCCUCGUCCAGCGACGAGUCGUCCUCGGAGGACUCGUCCGAGUCAGAUUCGGAGGUGACGGACCCCGCCGCGUCCGCCGACGAAAUGAACAUGGAGUCGACCGACGACGUCGCGGAGGCGCCGGCGCCGGCGCCCGUCGCCGAGGCGCCCGCGCCGGCCGACGACGCGUCGGACAUUGAUAGUCUGGAGAUGGACGAACUCGACGGUGUCUUAGGAGACAAGGAGGCGCCCUUGUUGUUCAACGAGGAAUUGCUGCGGAUCGCGCUGCGGGUCUGCCGGAAGAAGCUGCGGGUGCUAGUUGAUGACGACACGGAGCUGGACGGGGGUUCGGGCUACUCUGAUAGGUUAGUCACGGACCUCGAGUGGGAAGCUAUGAGGCACGCCCAGGGUCGGGUGGAUUGCUCCCUGGCCCUGCCGAAGGACAUGCCCCCGACCUUGGAUGAUCUGUUGCAUUUGAAAGACGUACCCGACGAAGAAGAGACGCGGAGCUCGUUGGACCAGGCCGGGUCCAUCCUCGCGCGCGCGCGGGAAGACAAGUUGGAGAGAAUCCGGAAGGCCGAGCUCACCGAGAGACGCAAGGAGGCGCGCCGCAACUUGAUGCGCGCGCCCUCCCCGUUGAAAGAUGAUCUGAGGAAGGAGAUCGAGGCGGUCCUGGCGCAGUUGAGUUCCCUCGACCCGCAGCACCAGCUUAAUGGUGGCCCCGCCUCGACGCGAAAUACCUGGAUCGCCAAGCCCGCCGCGAAAUCAAGGGGGAGAGGCAUCGCGACCUUUGAUGAUUUGGAUAGACUACUGGACCACUGCGACGCGAAGACGGGCGGCUCGGGCGCGCUCUGGAUCGUCCAGAAGUACAUGGAGUCGCAGUUGUUAAUUGCGGAGCGGAAGUUCGACCUGAGGCAGUGGGUCCUCGUGACGGACUGGAACCCCCUCACGAUCUAUUUCUAUGACGAGUGCUACGCGCGGUUCACGUCCCAUAAGUUCACGGACGCGCGGGAAUCCUUGGAAAAUCCCUUCGUGCACCUGGUGAAUAAUAGUAUACAAAAGGAUGGGGAGAACUUCCAUGAUGACAUCGAAGCGGAGAACGGUGUGAGCAUCGAGGACUGCAUGUGGACGCAAGAGGACUUUGCCGGUUUUCUGGACUGGAAGAUGGCGCGGACGGACGCGACGACGGAUAGGUUACGCAAGUGUAAAGACUCUGAUGACGUCUUCACUGAUGUGGUGCAACCGGAGAUGCGCAAAAUUGCCGUCGAGGUGCUCCAGGCCGCGCGCGAUUCGAUAGAGCACCGGAAGAACUCCUGGGAGCUGUAUGGCUACGACUUCAUGGUCGACGCGGAGCUGCGGCCCUGGUUGAUUGAAGUGAACUCGAGCCCGGCGUGCGACUACUCGACGGCCGUGACGGAGCGGUACGUGAAGAAGGCUUUGGUGGACAUUCUGAAGGUUACGAUCGACAAGCGCGAGUGGGAGCGGACGCCCGUCGGCGACGAGCCGGACACGGGCGGCUGGCAGCUCGCGCACAAGGGGCCCUUCGUCGAGACGCCGAUCGCGUCGCUGACGGGCGGCGACAUCUACGCCGAGGGCAAAAAGGUGGAGGCGCCGCGGGCGAUCCGGGCGCGCGCCCGCGCCGCGGCGAAGGCCGCGGCCGCCGCGAAGCGGCUGCGCGAGGAGCGGAAGCGGCGCGAGGUCGCGGAACGCCACGCGGCGGCGCGGCCGCCCUCGCCGAAGCACGACGACAUGGCCGAGCUCGACGGCUUCCUCGAGGACGGCGCGACGGCGAAGCCGCCGGCCGUCGUCGCGCCGCCGUCGCCGCCGCGCGGCGCCGGUCGUCAGCGCCGCCGCCGGCGGCCUCGCCAGCAGGUCGUCGCCGUGCCGGUGCGUUCACGACCGGAACCGCGAUGUAUGAUACCCUAA